GAAGUAUUUGGAUGAUCUUGUUUUUUUACGGAAUUUAAUAAUAUUAAUAUGUUACAACAGAUUAUAUUUUAUAAUAAUUUAAAAUUAAAAAAAAAUCGCGCUUAUUCAUUUGGUUGCACUGACAUUUUUGUUGCCAAUCAAAGCACUGUUUUGUUAUCGGGCCUAUCUGUUUUAAUUUAGUCUGUGGUUAUAAUUAUUACCAUGUUAUUAAUAUGCUAUUAAUAUAACAGCAUCAAACCUGUAGUACCUAUAUUUGUAAACUAUAUUUGUCUAUGUAUAGACUGGUGUUAACUCUGUUUCUUUUAAAAUUGUAUAUAGACGUUCAGUAAGGAUAAAUUUGAGCUCUACAUUUUCAAAAUUAUUUAAAUAUGCCGUUUAGUAUUAAACAUUCCAGUCUAUUAAAAAAAAUAGAAAAUGUUAUAUUAGAAAUGAUUACUCACUUGAAAAGUAAAAAAAUAUUUAUGAUUCAAUUUACAAAAUGUUCAAAUUGGUCCAAGAAUAGUUUUAAAAACAAAAAUAAUGUCAAUGUGAAUAAAUUACAUUUCCAGUCUAAACAGAGUAGAAGAAAUUUUACAAUAAUUAUUUAUGUUUUAUCAAAAAUAUAUCAAAACAUAUCUAAUCAUAAUGUGAUUACAACGAGAGAAUUAUAUUAUGGUAAUACAGAAUUAUUUGAAAAUGAUUAUAAUGUUCGAAAAGCUCUAGUUAAUAUUAGUUGUUUGCUUAAUACUUUUUCGUGGAACCUUGGGUUACAACUAUCAUCAACUGGUUUAGUAGCUGGUAAUUUAUCAAUCUAUAUGAAAGAUGGCAAAAUUUUAGAUUGUUCUAAAAUGAUUGAAGGUAUUCAAAUACCUCAAGAUAUUUUAUCAAUUGUAAACUUGAAAACUAAUGCUAAGUAUAUUUUAGUUAUUGAAAAAGAUGCAUCAUUUCAAAAAAUUAUUAAAGAAAAAAUAAUUAACAAACAAAAUGAAUGCGAUUUUAUUUUGGUUACAGGAAAAGGUUACCCGGAUAUAAAUACAAGAUUAUUUGUGAAAAUUCUUUCUAUUAAUAUAAAUUUACCAAUAUUAGCUCUGGUUGAUGCUAAUCCAUUUGGUAUUGAAAUAAUGUGUAUCUAUAGGUUUGGAUCAAAUAGUAUGUGUCACCAAAAUGAUAUGUUAUCUGUACCUUCUAUAAAAUGGUUAGGAGUUCAUCCAAUGGAUAUUACAUCUUUAAAUUUAUCGUGUAUUCCAAUGGGUGACUUAGAUCAUUUACGAAUUGAGUCGCUAUUAAAACGGCCUUAUAUUAAUUCAAAUUAUCAAAUAUUACAACAAAUUCUAGCCUUAAAAAAAUUAAAUAAAAAAUCAGAAAUUGAGUCAUUGACUGAAUUUACUUCAACAUAUCUUACGAAUGUAUACAUAAAAGAAAAGUUAUUCAACCGGGAAUAUUAUUAAUUUUAAUUAUGUUCUUAAUUUUAUUUAUUUAGUUGUGUUGUAUAUUAUAAUUAAGUAAUACUUUUAUUUUAAAU